AUGCGACGAUCAACUCGAUUGGCUUCCGCGCCUCGUUCUUCCCUCCAAGCUCGGAAAAUCAAGCAUGGUCCAUCCAGGGCAGCAUCAGGGCAAAAUUCACCACCACAAGACGAUAUCAAAGCAGAGACUCUACCACACGAUUCCGAAAACCAGCAGAGUAUCGAUGCUCCUAAGAAAGAAUCCCGUCUCGCGGACAAGAAGUUCCAAGCUUGGUCUGCACAUGCCACGACAUCCCCUUUCCCGGAAUUUCCACGCCCGACACCCAAGGAAUGUGAAAAAGCCAACAGCAUACUUCAUGAGAUGCACCAUCUGGACGUCGAAAAGGAAUUCAGUGAUCCCAAUACCCCAGAGACAAUCCCACACGUCCUGGAUGCCAUGGUGGUAGCCGUGCUCAGCGCAGCAACCAGCUGGAACAAUGCCAAACGAGCAAUGAAUAGCAUGCGAGGAGAGUAUGGUUCCAUCUUCGCAUAUCCAGACAUCUUCGAAGGAGGAAAGGCCAAGUUGGAGGAGACGAUACGCUGUGGAGGUCUACAUAUCCGGAAAUCCAACAUCAUCAUGAACAUGCUAGAAGAAGUCCAAAAGCGCCAUGGAAAAUGGGACAUGGACUAUCUCUUCAACGUCAGCGAUGAGGAUGCCAUGCAGGAGCUGAUGCAUUACAAAGGCAUGGGACCGAAGUGUGCAUCGGUCGUUAUGAAUUGGUGUCUCAAAAGAAAUGCUUUCACGGUCGAUACCCAUAUAUACCGAAUCGCUGGACUUUGGAAAUGGAUCCCGGAUGGUGUCAGUCGUGAGUUGGCACAAUCGCACUUGGAUGCUCGUGUUCCUGUGAGCGUUAAACAGUCUAUCCAUUUUCUGCUGAUUGCUCAUGGGAGGACUUGUCCUGCUUGUCGUGCGCCGAGUACAAAAGGAGCGAAAUGCAUUGCUCGCAGCAAAAUCAAGGCUGACGACGAGUGA